GGAUUAUAAUUACAGCUCGUAGCACAGUACACGCUCAUGCUUUGUGCGGUGUUGAAAUCCUUGCGUUUCUGUUGGAUUUACGUUUGUUAUUGUUGAACGAAAACAUUUUGUUUUUAUAUAUUAUCUAAAAAAGAAAACCGCUAAAUGGCGACAUCACCGCGUAAAAGAGUGGUCAUUGUCGGUGCGGGUAUUGUUGGUGUGAAUUCGGCGAUGGAAGUUCAGAGGAGAUACCCGAAUUACAACGUGACGCUGAUCGCGGAUAAGUUCAACGGAGACACACUCAGUGACGGCGCCGCCGGAUUGUUGCGGCCGGACACGUACAUUUUCGGUCCCAGCUUAGAGAUCUCUCAGCAAUGGGUCAACGACUCUUAUAGUUUUUAUAAAAAUCUAUUAAAAAAUAGGGAUAAACCAUAUGGCAUAAAUGAAGUUUCUGGUUACACAUUUUCGACUAAGAAUCCAGAUAUUACAAAAAACCAUUACAUGAGCAAAUGUUCACAAGACUUCAGAGAAGCUACAGAUGAGGAAUUAAAAGCGCAUUCAUCUGCUGAGAAUCAACUAAACUAUGGUUGCUUCUUUACGUCGAUAGUCAUUGAAUGUAAACUAUUCUUACCAUGGGCUUUAAAAAAGAUUAGUAAUAAUGGUGGAACUAUAAUUAACAGAAAAAUCGAAUCACUUGAAGAACUAUGUGGAGAAUAUGAUAUUAUUUUUAACUGCACUGGAUUCAGAGCCGGAAAAUUAUGUAAUGAUGUAAAUGUAUUGCCUAUUCGUGGACAAGUAAUUCGGGUCAAAGCUCCGUGGGUUGACAAAUUUUACUAUCGUGAUUCCGACACGUAUAUAAUUCCUUCAAUAAGCGACGGGACUGUCGUACUAGGUGGAUGUAGACAUUUUGGUAGUCAUAACGAGCAGGAGAAUGAACGCAACACAGAAGAAAUACUGGAAAAUUGUAUCAAUUUAUUGCCAUCAUUGAAAGAAGCGUUAAAAACUGACUACAAAGUUUGGGUCGGGCUUAGACCUUAUCGGAACAAAAUUCGUGUAGAAACCGAAUACAUAAAUGAUACUGUGAUUGUACACAAUUAUGGGCAUGGAGGAUACGGAGUAACAUUAGCGCCAGGAACAGUGAAAUAUGCAGUUGACUUGUUGACCUCAGUUAACAAAUGAUUUAACAACAUAAUGCAAUUACGUAUUUGGUUAUAGUAGUAUAAUUAUACUAUAAAGUAUAUUUAGUAGUCACAUACCUACCUAAUAUUAGUGAUAAUGGUCGGCAUUUAAAGGUCCGAUCGGGAUCCGAUUUAAUUACGGCUGUAUUCUUGUGAUUAAUCAAAACAUAUUUCAUUGAUUAUUUAAAAAUGUAGGUAUAUUUAUUUUAUAAUCGAUGAUUGUUAAAAUACCAGUGUGUUAUUGAGUUUAAUAUUAGGUGUAAAUAUUUAUAAUAUGUUAAAUGUUAAUUUCAAUAUUUGAUAUUCAUAAUAAAUAAUAAUUAGGUACUAUUUAAUAAAGACAUUUGGACUUUAGGAAAAAAAGUAUACAACAAAAUAUAUCUAUCGAAAUUAAUGACCAAA